CCGAUUAUAGAAGAAGGAGGGCGUGGUCGUUGGUGGUCCGUGUGUGUGUAUAAAAGGCGUCGUCCGUGUUGAGACCGGCCCCCACGACCAACACUGGUUACUCCUAGGAAUUAUGUCCUUGAGACACUAGGUAAUUUCAUCCUUGAAUCAUGUCGCCUCCGAUAUCCGCUCGAAGUCGAGAGCAGGACAAGAGCGCGUCAAGUUCCAGCCCACCGGACGGGAGGUACAACAAGAGGAAGGGCAGCGGCGCGAGCUGCUCGAGUGCUGGCACUGUUCAGCUGCAUCACCCGCAGCCACAAUCCAAGCAGAAAGGGAAGAACAAGAAUUCUUCGAGUUCCUUCUGCACGCCCACGAUUGAGGAAAAUGCCGUGCGCGCCAAAUCGUUGGAAGACCUGCAGGAUGAAAAGGCCUUUCCCACCCUGGGAGCAAAGGGUGGCGGCGGGGCAAGCUGCAGCAGUGCCUCGACCCCGCAGCACACUACACAUCGUUCGUCAACAGCAGGCUCCGAACAACAACUGAACCAGGCGACCCCAAGUUCGGUGGUUCACGCAACGACGAGCGCGGCGGCGGGUGCGGCCCCCGGUUGUAAUGUUUCUUCGUCCGCGUGCAGCUCCGCGUGCUCGUCCAGCACUGGAUCAUCUUCCGCAAACAUAAUUCUCUCGUCGGCCACUACAGGGGCGGCGCCGCAGCAGCAACUGAAUCCGCAGGAGAGGUGGUCGUCGUUUCGAAAUAAGUCGGUGACGCCAGACCUGGAUCAUGUGUCUGCGGCGACGCUGGAAGUGCCGGAAAAGCUCGUCGUGCGCGGACUCCCCACGACGAGACGCGACAGCCUGGAGGCCGAGAAGAGCAGCAACGACGCACCCACGCCGGCGACGACGUCGUCCUCGUCCGGGUCGCACGCGCCGGACCGCACCGCGGGCUCGUCCACCGCCGCCGCCACGCGGGCUGGCUCCAUCGAUCAAGUGAGCACUACGUCCUCUACGCGGGGACGGGUUCUUGGGGCGGAGGAGGUCGACCACGCGUCGUCUGCCAUAGAAGUUCAUCACCCGCCGGCGCUAGUAGGGCCGGACGAGCCACGCAGCUCGGCGUCCACGCGCGAGGGAGAACAACAACUUCUACACGGUAGUAGUAAUUCCGCCGGCGCCACGCUCCGGCAAAAGAAGGACCAGCAGCCUGGAAAAAGACUCCCCAGCAGCAGUACUUCCAGUGCGACGUCCACAGCGUCCAAGUCCUCGAAGAAAAAGAAGCAGAAAAACGCGGAAACAUUUACCAUCACGGCCGGGGGCGCGCGGGGGGGCCAGCCAGACCCACCGGCGACCAGCACGACAGCAAGCAAAGUGUUCGGUGCGACGUCCGCGUCUGAGCACGUCGCAACAUCAUCAGACCCCAGCUGGACCAACGGCGGCACGGUGGCGUCGAGCACGGCUGCAGCGACAUCUUCAUCACACAAAGGAAGCAAAGGGAAGGGCAAAAAUAAGUCCGCACCCUCGGGCAGAGGUCACCAGAAAGGAGCGCACCAGUAUAAUAAUCCGCACGAGGGAGGUGGUUCGCUGCCGUCCGGGAAGCAGACCGGGGGCGCGAAUAGCUACCAAAAAGGCGGGCCCAACAAGAAGAAGGAUCAUAAAGGGACGAAACCAGACCGAUUCACGAGCGAGACGCACAUAUAUCAUGCGAAUCACAUUUUCAAUCCCGUCUUGCGCACCUUGGCUACACAGGGGCCCGUCUUCGUGAAGCAGAGAGACGGCACUCACGUGCAGCUGCAGUACAACCGCCAAAAUUCGAAUUCCACCACGGGGACGCAGCAACACGAGCGCGGCCAGCAGAAUGCAAACCUUUCCGCUUACGGCGGGCCCGCGCGCAGUUACGAGAACGGAAGCGCCGGUAGUAGUGCAACUGCGGGUACAAGCAGGCAGCAGAAAAACAAGAACGCCAGAAACGAUUCUUACGCUGAUCAUGCGCAGCACGCAGUAGCACCAGGGCCAGGAGCAGCUGCUGCGUUUCAAGGAUAUCAGAUGAAGACUAAGGUUUUCAGCGACUUGCCGGCGGAAAAGACCUUGUACGCCGGGGUGGCAGGCAAAAGUACGAAGGCACUACAAGGAACAUCUCCCUCCGCUCAGUCUUCAUCACGCACCCCAGGAGCUUCGACCAAAGCACUGGCUUCUCCAAGUGUAGCGCAACAGUCUCCAGCGGGCACCAUCCAGGUACUAGGUUACUGUUUACUUUUUAUGCACACAAUUCUCGUCGCUGUGGCUGUCGCAGAAAAGCGAAAAGUAGAUAAGUAGAUUUUUAUGCGCGGGAACGUGUUCUAGUUCUCCUUCUCGGGCUCGGAAUCCAUGGUGGUUUUUAUGUUUUUUCCAAGUACAAUGUGCCUACUUCUCCUGUUCGGGGAUCUUUUUAGACAAAGAGCAAUCUGUUUGAAAAUGAAAUGGCAACAGGUCAGCGCAGGAACGCAGAUGAACGUGUAUGCCACUUUGAAGGACGGGAAGGAUGUGGUAGACAUCGGAGAUGGAAGUUUGUAUCUCCGCGAUACACAACCAGGUGGCGGAAGCUACACUCUGGAACGGCUCGCGCUCACCCCGAAUCGGCCGGCGGAGCAAGCUGGCCAGGUGGGCGGAUCAUCCUCCGCAUCUUCGCACAAUUCGCAGUGUGGGACGUCGGCGUCCAUUGGCUCGGUGACGCCCUCUACAGGAGCCAUGCUCAACGAUGCCAUCGCACAGUUUUCCUCUAACCAAGCACGAAACCAGCAUAAUUCUGGACUGCAGUCGGGGGGUGGCACCACCACGAACAGCUCCCCGUCGAAUAAGAGUGUCACAUCCGCCGGAGUUGGCGGUUUGCAAGAAAACGUGACGACGACAACGUCGCAGACCAGUUUCGCCGGAACUACCGGUGGCAGUCGUGACACAGCAGGUGGAGCAAGCAUGAUGCAGCACAGCAGCAGCACCACUAACUCGUUUCAACAUUCCACCGUACUGCGAUGCGGACCUAGCGCUGCUUCUAGCACGUUGCAGGUCGGCACUGCGCCCGCUUCCUCGUCAUCCGCCUCUUUCGCAAGUUUGAAACAAGCCGGAUCAACAAGAUCGGGCACUGUGUCUAGUUCGGCACCGCUGCAGAUCGCACAGCCGGGAGCAAUGCUCAAUACCGGUAGUACUGGAACAAAUGGAUGCGCGACCGGGACGUCGUUGACUCGGAACAUGUCUGUGCCGGCCACGCCCUCUUCGGCGUCGAGUCGGAGUAGUCAUUCGUCCACCGGCGCUGCGAUGCAGGGCCUGCGGGCUGGCGUUGCAGGUGCGUACUCCGCGCCUGGCGUCGGCGGCUUGUUUCAACAACAGCCGCAUCAAUUGCAGCAGCAGCAGCAGGAGAGUAGUCGCGUGGGACAGGGAAUGAAUGGAGGUACUACAGUGCCUCCGACACGCCCCGGCUCAGCUCCUGUAACAAGCGGAAUACCGCUGAGCCCGACGGUGCCGCCCGAUAAUCAAACGCAACUGCACCCACUGCAGCUCUUGCAACUCGGGCACAUGGCCACGCAAAAUCUCAAACCGCAUCAGCUUCAGGCCUAUCAAGAGUGCGUGAAGAGCAUAGCGAUGGCGCAACGAGAGGGCAUAGCGCUGGAGCAACAACAGGCAGGGCUGUUGCAACAGAUUUCGCAGACGUUACUAGGACAUCAACCGCAAGCUGCUGGAGGCGGGACUACACAGAUGCAUUCUCAUCUCCAGAGCGGGGUGCAGAGUGGCCAGUUCAACAAUCAAGCACAUGAGCAACUAGUGCAUGCCGCAGGUAAUAUGCAACAGGAACCACAAACGCUACUAACCGCAAAUAACACGACGCCGACUCUCCCGGCCAACUACAAUCAGCAAGUCGCUGUAGCUGUUGCGGCGCAGCAGCAGGCCGGCCUGGCGACGCAGUCAGCGAACAAAAAGCAACAUCAGCCCCAGAUGGCGCUCGGUUGCCCGCAUCCAGUUCUCGCACUCUCGCAAGGUGGACAGGUUGCACCCUUCUAUAGCACCAUGCAGAACGGGGUGAUCAUGCCGGUUCCGAUGCAAUUUGUUGCCGGGCCCGCCGGCGCUGUCAACACGGGUACGUGCACGGGCGUGUUCAUGAUGCCGCAAAAUCACCACAACGUCGGCUCCCACGUCAUGGCGCAACCAACCACACGGGCUACCGGUUACAACUUGAUGCCCGCCCACACGGCGAAUCAUGCGUUCGGUGCUGCGACACAGUUCCUCGCACCGCAGCCUGCGUAUGAGGCGGUGCUUCCCUACAACAAGGAGGUGGAGAAAGCCCUCGACGAGGAGUUGUUCGCCUUCCUGGAGCAAGUGCAGAUGAGUGCAGACGAGAAAAAGCAACGUCUCUCGUGGGUCGACGAACUUCGUGGCAUCCUGUGCGAACACGACCUGGAGGUGUUCGGCUCGCUGAAAAGCAACCUUGCCCUGUACACAGCCGACGUCGAUGUGUGCAUCACUGUGAAGAAGGGGACGGACCCGAGGAGCAGUGCGGUCGUGGGCAGCAAGGACACACGGGACUCGAAGUCCUCGGAGGACGUAGCACCCUCUUCGACGAGCUCGACGGUCACAUCGAAGCAUUCCAUCCCCGAGGCCUUGCACCGUCCGAGUCAGACGCACGACUGCAUGGAAAGAAUCCGCCAGGCGAUCGAACAGCAGUGCAGCCCGCCGGUGGUGAAUACCCAGGUACUUUUAUUCCGAAGCUUGAUCUAGUAAUAGUACUACUCUUCAGAAGAAAAAGCUACAAGCUGCAAGAAGAAAUAAAUGACCUCCGCAAGAAGAGUUUGUGAUGAAGAACUGAUAAACCUGGCUUCUUGUUUGGCAUGACUCUACUUUGGUGCAGGAGAGCUUUUAUUACCCUCUCUUGAAUCUUGACAAAGACGACCGCCCUAUCGAUCUUCGAAUCAAUGUGGACAUUCUGAAAUAGCAUGAAUCCGUAUCCGUAAUUUUAUCCUACCGACGCAUAUCCAAAUGUUGAAUUGAAUUACAGGUGAUAAGCACAGCCUCGAUGCCGGUGCUGAAGUUGAUGCGUGAGGAUCGAAUUGAAACGGACAUGGUAUUCUCACCCGAAGGAAUCAAGACGACGGAGUGGAUUCAAGCGGAAAUGAAAAGGUAGCUGCUAUAUUUUCAGCCUUUAUGAAUGAUGAAAAUUAAAUCAUGAUUAUGUAGUACUUGCUAGUAUAGUAAAAUAGAAAUGGUGGACCUGGUUGUUUCUAAGAAUGGUGCGUGACCCACAAGUCCUUACCCAAUGCAAUUUUUUUUCUAGGGGCCAAUACCCGGAGCGCUUUCGAUUGGUGCUCAUGUUCGCUAAGUAUCUGUUGGCAAGCCACAACCUACACGACACAUUCUCCGGCGGUUGUGGCAGCUUUCUGCUUGGCAUCCUAGUGGCGUAUUUUAUGCGGGACGAGGCACAGCAUCGCAAGAGACAAGACCGAGUUCUUCCUGCACGAAGUGCGGUGCGCGAGCUGUAUGAGUUUUUCCAGUUCUACGGAAAGAUUUAUCACGGGGAAACAAUCAGUUUUCGCACAGAAAGGAAGAAAACAGUUGCACAGAUCUUUUCGAGGUACUUGGUCGAUUUAUUUGUUAAAUACGAGCACCUGGUCGCAGUAGAAUAGGAUAGCACCCCUCCAAGCAUCUAGUUUGAUUACAACGCCGAAUGCUUUUCGUUUGCCGGUCGAAUUUUACAUGAAUUGGAACUAUCCACAUGGAAGAGGAGUGUAUCCUUGUUCGUGAUUUUGUCCUAAAAUGAAUAACCGUGGCUGAUGUGAUACACUUUUCAGGCAACCUGCUCCCUGCAACGGAACUAGCCUGUCCGUACUUUCGCCAGUGAACAGUAAAAUCGAUCUGGGUGCCAAGGCAUUUCGCUGGAACAACAUCAAGACGGUCUUCGACGCGAGUUUUCAGACGAUCCAGCGGUACUUGCGGGACAAGCGAACGACGGGCCUAGUGAAGGAUCUGCUUCCCAAGGGUGUCUUUCAGCAGGUCCAAAACCACCGUGAAGCUGCGAGUAGAUUACUGAAGCAGGUCCCGGUAUCGACCUCGCCGCCUCCGGAGCGAGCCGUAUAGAUUAUUUGCUAACACGAGGAAUUGCAUGAUUAUGAUUAUCAUCUUCUUCAAUCUUUAUCUUUUAUCUAUUGCAUUUUUAAGUAGUUUCAUUUCGAGGGGGGGAUGGGGAUCUACUCACUAGAAGUUGAAGUGCAACCAUGAAAAAUCUUUGCGCCGGAAAAAAAAACAGGACAACAAGCGAGGAGCGCGGGGUUUGUCCACGUUGUCUGUGACGGAAACCACCAUGAUUACCGUGGCUUCCCCUUCGAAGCUCGAGGAAAACAAGUCUCGCGCGGGAAAGGUAUCCGUAGCGCAUCGGCAGUCGAUGAAGAAGCAGAUGACCGCCCAACAGCAAGAAGGCCAACUUCUACACCCCGCCGGGUCAACAUCAAGACGCUCUUCCGCCGCUUCUGCCACGUCAUGUAGCAGCAGCUCGUCAUCGUCCAGCAGUUCUGGCGGAAAAAAUAAGAAGACCACGACACCCAAGAAAACCACCACACCAAAAGGCCGGAGGAAGGUGUCUGCGGGCGGAAAAAAUCAUGUAGACGUGACAGUGCCCGGCGACGGCGUAGACGUGUUGAAUCGCAGCCAGUCGGAGCCAGUCGUGUACGAGGCGGUGGCAGAUGAAAAUGAUGCAGCCCCCUCGGGCGAAGUCGGGGACGGAGGCGAACACGAUAGCCGAAGUAGAAGCGGUUGCGCAAGCGCAACUAUUACUUCUACGGGCAGGAUGAACAAAAAACAAAAAGCGAACAAGAAAACCAAUAACAAAUGCAAUGCUGGCAAGCAGGUCGUGGAAACAGUCGACGGCAGUAUGGAAGAACUACAAGCUAAUGUUGACUGUGCGAACGAAGACGAAGAAGCGGAGGUAGGGAGUAGUAGUACGAAAGCUGCUGAAAACACGCAGGGAAAAACAUCAAACUCCAGUGUCGGUGAACAACAGGAAUCAACAACAUCCGCUACUGGAGCAGCUGCGGCACGGCAUAGAAGUUCUGAGGAAGCAAUUGCGGAUGUGGAAACGUGCACAUCAGCGCCUGUACCAGAACCGUCGCACAAUAACCCAGAAAAGUCCGCGGCCACGAGGGAUGAUCUUCAACACUGUUCUCGGGAAGCCGAAUCGUAUCUGCAAGGUGGAAAGCGCGGAAUUUGUCCCAAACCGGCGACGAACGGGAACCAGCUCACAGCCACAGACAUCUACACGGAGAGCAAGAAGGGAGGCCCAAAUGUCUCGGACGAGAGCACUCGCUGCGGGUCUAGCAGCUCAGGCGCCCACGACCACGAGGGAGAGCCUAGUAGCUCUGGCGUCGAUGUUGCUGUCGCUCCAGUCAGCACUUGCAGCUGCGCUGAGCCCCUUGGUGUCGCGGAAACGGCUGUAGUUGCGCCGGAAGAACUUGCAGCGGGGGCCCCGCUGCUUGUUCAAGGUAGCUGCGCAACUUUCACUAGCAGCGCAGCGGUGGGACGAGAAGAAGCGGAGCACGACGAUCGGAGUAGAACUCCACUCGGUAAGGACGGUGAUGAAGCUGAUGACAAUUCGGAGGAUAGAGCACAAGUCACGACAGCGAAGUUAACGGCAACGAAUGUCCAUCUCGACGUCGGCUCCAAAAGCGACUCGUGUGCAAUACGUCCUCCAACCGACGCAGCAGCCGAAAGAGCCACCGCAUCUCCGAGGGAUACGCAUCCAAGCACAGGAGCAACCAGGUCCGUGGGUGAGCGGCUGGCAUACUGCGCCGGAAGCGACGAGCAUAAAGAGGCAGCCGGGUCGGCGUGUUCAGCUUCAGGGACAACUGGUAAAAAAGAAAACACAGUCGCGCAAGAUCCUGGCGAAUCAGUGCAAGGAGGGAUGGCAUCGGCCGAUUUUGUGGACACGAACACGUCACCUAGAACUACUACUACACCAGAGAGCCAAAAGCGGCCGCGCUCCAAGUCAGAAAACAGUCCGCUGGGCAAACUCUCCUCCACUCCGGGGCGGGGCCAGAAAAGAAGGCCCUUCAACGCCUUGGCCCUCGAGAGUGCGUCGCCCUCUCCUCGUCGUCCGCUACAGGCAGCGGUGCAGGCAGCCUCAUAGCACAAAACUAGAAGCAAUCUCUAGCGCAUUUCGUCAUCCUCGCAAGAGUUGUUCCGACGUCGAGCCUAGGAUCUCAACUCACUGAUCCUGGAAGUUCCUUUGCCUUUGUAAAAACAACGUCUCUGCGAUCUAAAGGUGCAAAACCGUCCGUUGCGUUCGCCCAUGUAUGGCAGGCGCGCAACAAUCAAAAAGAAAUUUACUGAUUCAGGUCAUCUUCAGUGGGGAGCAUUCUCUCGUAGUAUUUUUUAAAGAGAUCUUCAUGGCUAAAAAGUAAAGGUAGACACACAUCAUCUAAAAGUCGAAGCAUGUAUUUGAUUAUCAACGCUAUUUUAAAACCCUAUGUACGAGCAGCGGCGGUCUUGCGCUGUUCCACUAUUCGCUAUGUAAUAAAUUUUCUACGCAGAAGUUCGGCUCCAAUCUAUGUAACUUUGGGAAGACUAAAAUCUUCGAAGCAAAACCUAACACACAGGAGUAGUCGUUGCAUUUUCUACAUUUUGGUUAUUGACGCACACGCAGCGACAACUUCUGGCUUUACCUUUUUCUAUGUACUAUUGACGACAAAUCUUCUUCUACUUAUUUGAGGCGACUGUAAAGCGGGAGACAUCGAGAACCUCUCAGCGCCAUUAGGACUUCUAACUCCAAAAUUGACGAGCAGAGGAGUCCCCUUCGGGAUUCGUUCUUUGGCAGAAGAAAAUCUCCCCGUGCAAUAAUUGGCGUGCUCAUUUGUGUUGAGUGUGGGAAAACAGCGCAAGCUUCGAAAGCGGAGCUGAAGGCGAGCUCGCAUAUUUUUUUAUUUCUUACGCACAAGGACAAGGUGGACAAGAACAAUUCUUCAGGAUCGUAUUAGAUCCCUUCUGAAAAGAAACAUAACGACGACAAGAAGAAAAAGAG